UGGCACUUUGAAAGACUGUCAAGUAGCAAUAGGAGGGUAUGCAGAAGGCUGUGCUAGUGCGGGUAAAAUCUCUGAUUGCUCUGUUGAUGUAACAAAUCCAGCAAUUGUAAUGACUGCUAGAAGACCAAGGAUAUUGACUAUAACUAAGGAUAGUUUGAAUGUAUGCUUGCCAGAAUUGGCUCCCCAAUGGCCUGAUUGA